CAAAAAAUAGCCGAAAAUAGAUUAACCGUCAUAUCCCGCCUUCUCUCUCCCCAUCUUCGUUUUCGCUGUACCUCGUCUUUCUCUUUCUUCAUUUCCCCAAUCUCAAUCUCCUCUUCCAUUGCUGAUAAUCGGGGCAUCACACAACAAAAUCAAAAUCAAGUCAAUUGAGCCAGGCAAAUGGAAAGUGAAAGGGAUUUCUCUUUCCAGAUUUCAUGAUCCUUAUCACUUGAAAUGUUUCUUUGUUUGUUUGUCUCCAUUUCUUGACCUCAGGAAUCCAAUGUCGUGUGCCCUAUUUUAGUAUGCAUCUGUUAUUUCGAAGAAUCAGUCGACGUUGGGACUAAAUCCCUUCCCCGUUGAUUCGUGGAAUCUUCGAGCCUCCGUUGGAUUUUCAAUCCCUAAUUUGGAUUGUGUGAUUGCCCCCAAUUUCUCCCCAAUUUUAGAUUUGAGUACAUUCCUCUCUUGUUUUUUGAUUUUUUUUCUUCCUCUUUGGGGCUGAUCUGUGGCGUUCGAAGUGAAUCCGAAUGCAAGGUAACCGUAAAGGAGCUGCUGCCUUUGAAGAAAUUGUGGAUUUGUAACUUGUUAUGGAUUCGCCAUUGUUGAUUUUCGUAGCUGCUAUCCUCUUCGGAUUUUUCAGCCUCGUUGUUGAAUCUCAAGGAAAUGUGAAGCCCCCACCGCCUCCAUUCUCUCCUCCUCCCCCAUCUCCACCGCCGCCAUUUUCUCCUCCUCCCCCAUCUCCGCCGCCUCCUCAAUCCCCUCCCCCUCCGCCAAAAUCUCCUCCACCUCCGCUUCAACCACCACCACCUCCAUCCCCUUCAAGGCCGCCUCCGCCGCCGCGAAAGCGGCUCCACCCGCCACCUCCACCGGGGCAGCGCGAGAACGGUCGAGGGCGCCGGAGUCCCCCUCCUCCGCCCAAGACACAGAAGCUCAACACGGGGAAGAAAGUCGGGCUGAUGUUCAUUGGAGUUGCCCUGAUCUUGCAAGUUUGCGUAGUCUCAUUCGUGUUGAUCAGCAGAAGGGGGGUAGAAGAGGAGUUAACUGUGCCUGCUCACAAAACUUACCAACAUUCGAAGAAAAAAAAAUGAUUAGUUGAAAGUGACAACUGAAAAUCACCACGUUUGUAUCAUUGUUUGCUGUUUAUAGGUCUCAUUAGAAAUUUAACUAAUAUGGUGAUUAUUAUAUCUUGUAGUUUGUGUGAUUUAAGCUUGCAUGAACUUCAGAUAUCCAGUUACCAAUGGUUGUAUCCGAUGAUGACUUCAGAUAAAAGAUGGAAAUUAUAUUGGUUAAUAUGAAUGAAUUAUACUAUAUUUCCUCUUUGUA